UAUCAGCUUUGGCGGAAAAAGACACUGGAUAACACACCUGCCGGACACAAAACUUUUUGCACUUGCCUUUAGAAUUAACCACCUACGAUUAAAUUUUCUACGACAAAAUGGCGAAUACUAUACUUUGCACAGUGCUGCUUAUUGAGGCUAUAGUUUCCGUGGAGCUCCAUUUUUCCAUGGGUGCCACCAGAGCUCCUCCUUUAACAGCUGCUCCAUAUACGAUGAUUAAUCCAAUUAACCCCACAAAUCCUCCAGUUACUACUACACCAGCGCCCGCACCAGCACCAGUAGCAAGCACUACGGGUAAGCCAACUACAGCAGCGGGUACUACCACAGGAACUACUCCGCGCUAUCAGACGAUGGAAGUGGUGGUCAUUACACCGGCUCACACUACCACGGCUAAAACUACAACGACCGCCAAUGUUACAACUGCAGCUGCAGUCACCACAACCACCGAAGCCCUGGAGAACACAAAAAUUACCUGUGGCGUCUUGGGAGGAAUGGGCUUCGGGCCGAUCACCCUGGGCUCGGACACGGUAUGCGCCCUGUACUGUAUUGUGCACUACUGCCGCAGUGGUGGCCAUUGCGUGGACGGCGUGUGUAAGUGCCGUAAGGAUCCGAUCAGUUGCGGGGUCUAUUCUUGCGAUGGAUGCAAGUAGUUACCUCCAAAGCAGCCAUACCGUCCACCAUGCGCGCUUCUAAACAGUUUACCGAUCGCGAAAUGUGCUUACAAGUAUGCCGGUCCAGUGUAUAAUGUUGAUCCUGUCUUAUACUGUAUAACUGAUCAACUUGUUCUUAUUAUCACUGGUACAUGCUCUAUUCGUUUAAUAUUAGUGGCUUUCUGUCAGUGUCGACCACAUCGUUUUAGGUUAAAUUCUAUGUGUACGAGCCGCCGUUUUCCGGUUCCAUCAAACAUAGAAUAAUCCUAAUAACGUGUACUUCUGCAAUACGUAGUAGCCGCUGCUGUCGCUUUUUAUCGCCUUUAUAAUUACUUCUGGCUUAUUGUUUUGCUGGGAUUACUACAAUAUUGACUACUUGGUGAUAGUUUUGUCUAUGCCUGCAUCUUUGGGUAUGACGGUUAGAGACAUGAUUGUGUCUACCGUAAUUAUCAAAUUUGUGGCUCCCCCCCGCAAUAAGAUCCCCCCCUGAAAUGAGCCCCCCUCCCCGAUCAUGUUUGAAAAAUAAUGCGACCCCCCGAAUUUACGCCCCAGGGGGCCGUUAUUAAAUGUCAAGUGCUGCAAAAUUAUAGGUAUACCGCAAAUUUCUUCCUAACAAUUGUUGUUAAAUGAUUGAUAAACAGUAAACGGACAUCUGCUCCAAAAGGAAUAAUUAUGCUCCAAAAUAUUGUUCGUAAUAUUGUAGUUGCAUAUACCGGUAACUACUGCGUUCAGUUUCACUAGAAAACGAUGCGCAAUUGUUUGAAGUAUAUUGCACCCUUUCAAAAUAUGCCGUUUGAAAAAUAAUGCCACCCCCCGAAAGAAGCCCCCCUCCGCCAUGACCUUCGAACUAUUUGCACCCCAGGGCCACAAAUUCGAUAAUUACGGUAAUUAUAUAAUCAAACUUUUGCCCAAAAUGAAUUAACCCGAGCAUCCACGCUCGCUCCGUUCGCGUGUAAUAAGCAAACCUCCAAAUUCUACUA